CACUCAUCUAUUUGUUUUAGCUAACUCAUCAUGUCUGAAGACGAUUGGUCAGUAAAUUGUAUCGACACAACCGACUGGAUGCCUUCGCCGGAAGAGCUGGAAACGGCGUACUGCGCACUGGAAAAGGGAACCUACACGCUCGAGCUUAACUGGAAGUGUCCCGGACGCAGAGCACCAUCUCCGGUGAAAAAGGACGAACCAAAGAUUAUGGAAACAGUUGACAAAGAAGCCGCGGCUAAGAACAAGGAGUUUGACUUUAUGGAUGACGUUGCCUUACCACAGAUGCGUGUCCGUGGUCAAACUAGCGGCCCGAAAGGGUCUGCCAAGAAGAAAACGACCAAUUUUGCUGGUGUGCUGGAUCAUAUGAAGAAACACGGUCGGCUAACACAGUCCAAGGAUAGCUCUGGCUCGUAACUAGGGAAGAAUGG